CGUAGUGCGUUUGUUAUGUAGUGUUUAUGGAUUGAGCUUUUGCUAUUGUUAUCUUUUUGACGAAACAGACGUGUGACGCCUCCCAAAACCUGUUUUUUGAGUAAAACUAGCGUUGCAAAAUAUGGCUGUCGGAGGGCGUGUUACCGGCCGUCUUGGGUACGGCAAUGGAUACUCAGACGGGCGUUCUUAUGCAGGUAUCAACGAGGAAAUUAUGUACGUUAGCAUAGGAAUGGGAAUAAUUAUCGCUAUUCUCAUUUGCAUCGCGUUGUGUUACAUUGCACGCGAAAAUUGUAAAAACAAGCGGGAAUACUAUAUUACUGCCUAAAUAUGUGAGCUAUGCAGAUGCUAGUGCCGGCCUAAUGUUAGUAGCGGUUUGUUUUAAUAUAAUAGUUUAUUUACCGUUAGUCUUGUGCUUUGCUAAUUAGCACCAGCGAAACAAAUAAGGAAACAAAAAAGUAGCAAUCACCAUGGAGACUGUGUUGGCUCCUGGUUUACAUUAAUGUUAACGUAAGAGUCUGUUUAUUCCCAACAAUAAGUAAAUAACGUGUAUCGGUUCCUUUUAUAUAUUAUACACGGCAAAGGAAUGUGUUUUGUGAAAAUCUUUUUCGAAUAGUUCAUAUAAGACAUAUACAACGGGAUGAAUUGUAAUCA